AUGAUGAGGUGGUGGAUAUCGUCCCUGCAAUUGGCGGAGCUUUUUGUUAGCUCCAUGGUGCAUUUGGGUUACGGGUUUUACAUUUUCAGCACGGCUUUAGCCGGCGACCUUUCUCAGGCGAUCGGGGAUUGGAUUUUCAGACCUAGUCCGGCCGGCGGUCUGAAAAGGGAGGGCUCGGAUAGGUCAACCGGCGUUGACGAUUUGCCCCCCAUUGUUUUGGUUCAUGGCAUUUUUGGAUUUGGUAAAGGGAGAUUAGGAGGUUUGUCUUAUUUUGGGGGAGCUGAAAAGAAAGAUGAUAGGGUUCUUGUGCCUGAUUUAGGCUCAUUAACCAGUAUAUAUGAUAGGGCCAGGGAGUUGUUCUACUAUCUAAAAGGAGGGCAAGUUGAUUAUGGUGAAGAGCACAGCAAGUCUUGUGGGCACUCACAGUUUGGCAGAAUUUAUGAACAAGACUUCACCCUUUUCCGUCGGCGGCGGACGCCCCCGUGA